ACACUGCGCGCGAACCAAACACGGCGAGGAUAAAGCAAGAUGGCGUCUGACGGUGAAGACGUUAUUGCAGUCGUCACAGUUCAGUGUUCUUAAUCUGUGCCUCCAUGUACACAUAUAUGUCCUUUAUUACACUCUAGUAAAUAGAGUAAACAUCGUUAAUAACUGCUUGCAUCCGGUUAUAUUAGUCUGAGCGCACUUUGAUGCUUUUUGAGCUAGCUUAGCUUGCCAGUUAGCUUAGCUUGUUAGCUGCUAACAAAGAGAGGCGGAAGUGAUCAAAACACAUCGCUAAGCAGAGAUCAAGUGUGAGUGUAAAGUGUUGUGAUUGUGUGAAAAUGUGCGAAAGAACCAUAGCAGAGUACGAGGAGGAACUUUGUCCAACAAAAGAGGAGAAGGAGCGACAACAUCAAAAACAUCAAGUUGUGUUACACAGAACAGUUUCCUCUGAGUAUGUAAAGCUCAAGAGUUUUACCUCCAAAAACAAGAGAGACAUCCAUCAGCGGAUUGAACACCGAGAAGAAUGUCUCCCUCAUCUGCAGGGGGACAGUUUCACACGUCCACAGCCCUCACAUUUUAAAGAGGAAGAGGAGGGAGAGUGUCCUGUAGGGCAGGAGGAGGCUGAUCUCAGCAAGUUUCCACUGACUGUUGUCUCUGUGAAGACUAAAGAGCAUGAAGACAAGCCACCUGAGUCCUCACAGCUUCAUCACAGUCCAAACGUCUGUGCAGAACAUCUUCUCUCUGAGCAACAGAAGUGGAGCUUCAGGAUGGACAAGGAGGAGCCACAGCCCUUCCACAUUAAGGAGGAAGAAGAGGCGCCACAUACAUUGCAAAUGCAAAGGGAAGAAAAUAACCCACUGACCUCCCAUUUUAAAGAGGAAGAGGAGGAACACAGCAUCAGUCAAGAAUGGUUGGAGGCGUUCCAUGUGGUUGUGAAGAGUGAAGAUGAUGAGGUCAAAGGUGAGAGUGAGGAGAGGGGAGGGGGGGAGCCUCCAAGCAGCAGCUCAACUCAACACAUGACAACAGAAGCUGAUGGAGACCACUGUGGAGGAUCACAAGCAGACAAGCUCUUAGCUCCACUAUCAGAUAGUGAGGACACAACGUCACACUCUCCUGACACUGAUGAUGAAGACUCUAAAGAUGAUAAGACAUGUCACACUGACAACACACACUUCACAUGUUCUGUCUGUGACAAAACUUUUAAUCACCGUCGCAAUAUGAAAAGACACAUGAGUACACACACUGAAGAAAAACCCUUUUCAUGUUCAGUCUGCGGUAAAUAUUUUACUUAUAGGCACGAUAUGAAAAGACACAUGAGAACACACACUGGAGAAAAACCCUUUUCAUGUUCAAUCUGCGGUAAAUAUUUUACUCGAAGGCCAAAUUUGAAAUCACACAUGAGAACACACACAGGAGAAAAACCUUUUUCAUGUUCAAUCUGUGGCAAAUAUUUUAAUCAAAGGAACCAUUUCAAAGGACACAUGAUCUUACACACUGGAGAAAAACCUUUUUCAUGUUCAAUCUGUGGUAAAUAUUUUAAUCAAAAGAACCAUUUCCAAGGACACAUGAGCAUACACACUGGAGAAAAACCUUUUUCAUGUUCAAUCUGUGGUACAGAUUUUACUCGAAGGCAAAAUUUGAAAACACAUAUGAGAACACACACAGGAGAAAAGCCUUUUUCAUGUUCAAUCUGCAGUAAAGAUUUUACUAUAAGGAAAUAUUUCAAAAAACACAUGAGAAUACACACUGGAGAAAAACCUUUUUCCUGCUCAGAAUGUGGUAAAAGUUUUGCAGUAAAUGAAAGUUUAAAAAUACACAUGAGAAUACACACUGGAGAAAAACCUUUUUCCUGCUCAGAAUGUGAUAAAAGUUUUGCAAUAAAUCAAAGUUUAAAAAUACACAUGAGAACACACACUGGUGAAAAACCUUUUUCAUGUUCAAUCUGCGGUAAAGAUUUUACUCAUAGGCCCCCUUUCAAAUCUCACAUGAGAACGCACUCUGAUGAAAAACCAUACUCCUGUUCAAGAUGCAACAAAAGCUUUUGUCACCGACAAUCUUUUACAGUACACAUGAGAACACACACAAGAGAGAAAAUGUUGAGUUGCAGUGUGUGUGGUGAAAGAUUCUCUUCUAAGUCCCAGUGUAAGAAACACAAGUGUGCUGGUGAGAACAGCAGCAGCAAAUGAAGAUGCAGGAUUUGAAAUAAACUGUCAAAACUUGAACUUUGACUUUCUAACAACAUCAGCACAUAUAACAUGUGUGACAUCAUUGUUGUGUGUGUAACACAAUCUUGUUAAUAUGAUUCUAACAUUUAUAGAUUAGACACUUCAGAUUAGUGCUUUUAUUUCAGUCAAGUACAUGAGUUAAUAUACACAUUUGUGUACUUUAAAAUGAACACAACAAUUUGACUGAAAAGGUGAGAAUAAACAGUACAUAAAAUAUGUUACAUACAAUAAACAUAUUAAGUGUAGAUAUUCCUAAUUCACUUUUAUACUUAUUCAUAAGUGUUUUGUAUAUGUUUUUUUGAACAAUGAAGUGUUACAUAUUUUAUUUUGUAAUUGUAGAUGAUUCCAUAGAUGAACUCCUUUAUUUGAUGUACAUAUUUGUUUUACAUGUGUUCAUACCUUUGCUUUUGAGUACACAUAAAUCCCUCUUAGUUCAUAUUUACUGGUUCACAUCUGAAACAUCUUCUGGACCACUUCUGGAAGCAUAUUAUUAUUUACUUUAUACAUCAUUUGAACAGUUGUCUUUUUUACAAUUUUAAAAUGUGUGACUUUAUGAAUCAUUUGUUGGGUCUCUAUAAUCCAUUCUCUUAAUUACCUUUAUUACUCUCUUGUGUAAUAUGAAUAUUGUUGUGUGUUUGUUUUAUAUGUAUGUCCCCAGACCUUUAUGCAAUAAACAAUGUAUGCUUCAACUAAA